GAAUGCAAUAAGGCCGGGAUUGGUAAAAAAGAUCAAUAGACUACCGACCCCCAUUGCAGGUUUGGAUAAUGUCAUCUUAUUCUUGAGAGGCUGCAAAGAGCUGGGGCUUAAAGAAUCUCAGCUUUUUGAUCCUGGUGAUCUGCAGGACACAUCAAACAGAGUAACCAUCAAGAACACUGACUAUAGUAGGAAGCUGAAAAAUGUAUUAGUCACCAUUUAUUGGCUAGGGAAAGCGGCAAACAGCUGCACAUCAUAUAGUGGAUCAACCCUGAACCUGAAGGAGUUUGAAGGUUUGCUGGCACAAAUGAGAAAGGAAACGGAGGAUAUUGAGAGCCCGAAGCGCAGCAUUCGUGACAGCGGCUAUAUAGACUGCUGGGACUCUGAACGCAGCGAUUCCCUCUCCCCGCCUCGCCACGGCAGAGAUGAUUCCUUUGACAGUCUGGACUCCUUUGGCUCCCGCUCACAGCAGACACCGUCUCCAGAUGUAGUGCUCAGAGGGAGCAGUGAUGGGAGAGGAAGUGACUCAGAAACUGACCUGCCACAUAGAAAGAUGCCAGAUGUGAAAAAAGAUGAUAUGUUGGCAAGGAGGACCUCACAUGGUGAACCUAAAUCAGCUGUGCCUUUUAACCAGUACCUCCCGAACAAGAGUAAUCAGACUUUCUAUGUACCCGCUCCACUUCGGAAAAAGAAAGCUGAACGAGAAGAGUACCGAAAGAGCUGGAGCACAGCGACUUCACCGCUAGGAGACAGACCUUUCAGAUUCGGCCCCAGAACUGCUGUGUCUGAUGACGCAGAGAGUAUGAGCAUGUUUGACAUGAGAUGUGAAGAAGAAGCUGUGACUCAGCCUCACAGCAAAGCUCGCCAUGAGAAACUGCAGAACGUACACAACCAGCUGAAAGAGGAUGAGACCCGAUGGCAAGACGACCUGGCUCGGUGGAAGAGUCGUCGAAGGAGCGCUUCACAGGAUUUAAUAAAAAAAGAAGCUGAGAGAAAGAAAAUGGAAAGGUUAUUGUCUGGAGACGGAACAAAUGAGCGCAGAAAAAGCAUCAAAACCUACCGAGAAAUUGUGGAAGAGAAAGAGAGAAGAGAGCGGGAACUUCAUGAGGCAUACAAGAAUGCAAAGUCACAGGAGGAGGCUGAGAGCAUCCUCCAGCAGUACAUCGAAAGAUUCACUAUCAGUGAAGCUGUCCUUGAGCGUUUGCAGAUGCCAAAAAUUCUGGAAAGAAGCCAUUCAGUGGAGCCAAAUUCCCCACUGAAAGACCCGAAUCCUCUGAGAUACUUAAGGCAGCAGUCACUGCCUGCUCCAAAAUUCACUGCCACCAUUGAAGCAACCAUUGUUCCCACCGCUGAACUAGAGCCUAGCAGUUCAACGGGCCGUACAUCUCCCAGCAAAAGUGUUGUCUCCAAGGCUGUGCCUAUGCUGACACCCAAGCCUUACUCCCAGCCCAAAAAUACACAGGAAGUUUUAAAGAACUUUAAGGUAGAUGGAAAAGUCAGCAUGAACGGAGAGAAUUUCAACGGCAUGGAAGAGAAGGAUAAAGAGUGUACAACAGUAAUAUUUACUCCUUCACCGAGCAGAUCUCUGAAAUUUGAUGGAGUAGCCAGAGGGGACAGGCCCCUGGUAGAGUUGAAGAAGGACCCCACAAGUGUUGAGCUCAGUUUACAGAGGCCUGCCACUCAGAGUGUGCACAAAGAGCCAACAGCCUCCCCAGUGGAAGCAGAUGCAGCCGCCAGCCAGCUGGUCGAGGCCAGCCCUGGACGUGCGGGACCCGCGAGCCCAGCGUGCCCAUCCCCAGGUUCAGAUCAAAAGCAAUUCAAGUCAACUGCAGCUUGUGCCAGCCCUGUUGUGAAGAGAUUAGAAUUUCUUCCUGGUCCUGUCCCUUCAGAGGAAGCUGCUUCAAAUGAGAAAGAUGUGAAGAAACCUGAAGUGGAGCAGCAGAAGGAAGCAGAGCUCCCUGCUACACCGGAGGUGAUGAAACCAAAAGCCCUGGAACAAGAGGGGAGUGUAGUAUUGCCAUUUUUAAAGAAACUACCCGAGACUAGCCAAGUUACUCUGCAAAAUUCUGGUCUACAAGAGCCGCCCCGCGGGGCCACGGUUCCGCUUAGGGUUCGCAACAACUGGCGGCGCUCACAGUUUUUCUCACAGUCAGCUGAUUCUGAUAGUGGUGACAAAUCAAAUGUGAGUACGCGUUUCAAUUUCUGGUCCUGGGAUCCAGAAGAAGAGCGAAAGCGCCAAGAAAGGUGGCAGCAUGAGCAGGAACGCUUGCUUCAGGAGAAGUAUCAGAAGGAGCAGGACAAGCUGAAAGAAGAAUGGGAAAAGGCCCAGAGAGAAGUUGAAGAGGAGGAGCGUAGAUACUACGAGGAGGAACGUAAGAUAAUUGAGGAUACUGUAGUUCCAUUCAUUGUUUCUUCAAACUCUGCUGAGCUCCUCUCCUCCUCUUCCUCUACCACUGAAGGAAGCAAGACAGCAAACACAACUGAUUCAAACAGCUCUCCAGAGGAAGGCAGACAAAAAGAAGUUACAAGGCAGAAAAAGCUGCUCUGGGAGCAGGACAGUAUGCCGUCUCUGAAAAGCAAAGAAAAUGAACUCUGGCAAGAAAAGAGGAGUGGAAAUAAAGUGCUCUCAGGACACCCAGAGAUGGGUAUCUUGAAAGGAGGUGAACAGGAGCACCAGGUGCCGGUGAUGGAGCACAGCUCGCCUGCCAGGCUGAAUCUGCCAUUGACUCAGGACAUCUCCUGGAAUCAGCAGUCACUGACAAAGCAGUCCCCGUACCACGCAGAGGACAUUUGGCAGAGACCGUUGCUGGGCCAGGGUGCAGGACAGCAGCUGAGCUCUGCAGGAGAAACGAGGAGGGCAGGCUAUUAUGAGAACUUCCGAGCUGGGCCGUCGUCUCCCUGCUCUCCUGCGGCCCCGAGUCAGUCACCCAACAG